CUGUAUCGGAUUUUUACCUUUGUAGCCCGCUAAAGAUGCGUAUGUUCUGCAACAUUAUCCAGCACAAGGUUGACUUUGACUCGCAGAAAAACAGCCUCAACUACUUUCUCCCACUGGUAAAGUCCGAGGCGCUGUACCGGGACAUUGACGCGCUGGACCGGAUACACGCAAACGAAACCAUAAAAAUUGCGAUUAUAUACGUUGGGCCGGGGCAGUGGACGGAGGCAGAGAUUUUGUCAAACUCUUUGGAAGAUACGAGCCUGUCGUACAGAAGCUUUGUAAGUGGUCUGGGUUGGCGAAUCGACUUGAAAAAGUUUACUGGAUUCACAGGAAAGCUCGAGGCAGACGGUUCAGACGGCGCAACGUGUCCCUACUAUUCUGGACAGGGGCUCGACGUUGUAUUCCACGAGGUUGUUUCUAUGCCCACAGACACCAGCGACCCACGCCAGAUAAAAAAGAAACGGCACAUUGGAAACAACCACGUCCACAUCAUAUGGAACGAAAGCCACCACAACUACAGACCCGAGACGAUCAGCGGGGAUUUUGGAAACGUCCAGAUCCAAAUUCGCCCGCUGGAGGUCGGCGAGUACGGAAUUUUGGUGUAUUGCGAGCCACAAAUCAAGCCGUUUGGUCCUCUUAUCAACGGAAUGGUUGUCUCGACUGACGCGCUUCCGGAUGCAGUGCGUACAACCGCCAUCAACGGGUAUCGGCACACUAUGCAAGUCUACUUCAAGGCAUUCUCCCACCCUUACGCAGUCCGCCAGCAGAGUAUAAAUCGCAUUGUUGAAAGGCAUAUCGACCAGUCAUGGUUGGAUUCGAUGCCCACAAACAAAAAAAGAAUAUGAACUAGGAUAGUCUCCUGUCUUUAGUUUCUACUCAAAAUGUGUUUUUAUUAUUA